UGCGGCAAGACAAGCGCUGAACCAAGAAGUCGGCACCAUAGUAGACUGGAGCUCAGUUGCGUGACCAGCACCAUCUAGUCAAGAUGGUGGACACAGAAAGCCCAAUUUGCCCCCUCUCCCCACUCGAGGCUGAUGAUCUGGAAAGCCCAUUAUCUGAAGAAUUCUUGCAAGAAAUGGGAAACAUCCAAGAGAUUUCUCAAUCCAUUGGUGAGGACAGUUCCGGAAGCUUUAGUUUCACAGAAUACCCAUAUUUAGGAAGUGGUCCUGGAUCAGAUGGAUCUGUUAUCACAGAUACCCUUUCACCAGCUUCGAGUCCCUCCUCGGUUACUUAUCCUGUGGUUCCUGGUAGCAUGGACGAGUCCCCCAGCGGAGUAUUAAACAUUGAGUGUAGAAUCUGCGGGGACAAAGCCUCGGGCUACCAUUAUGGAGUUCACGCAUGUGAAGGCUGCAAGGGUUUCUUUCGGCGAACUCUUCGACUAAAGCUGGUGUAUGACAAAUGCGACCGUAGCUGCAAGAUUCAGAAAAAGAAUCGAAAUAAGUGCCAGUAUUGUCGUUUUCACAAGUGCCUUUCCGUCGGGAUGUCACACAACGCAAUUCGUUUUGGACGAAUGCCAAGAUCUGAAAAAGCAAAAUUGAAAGCAGAAAUUCUUACAUGUGAACAUGACAUAGAGGAUUCUGAAACUGCAGAUCUCAAAUCUCUCGCCAAGAGAAUCUACGAGGCCUACUUGAAGAACUUCAAUAUGAACAAGGUCAAAGCCCGGGUCAUCCUCGCAGGAAAGGCCAGCAACAAUCCACCUUUUGUCAUACAUGAUAUGGAGACAUUGUGUAUGGCCGAAAAGACGCUGGUGGCCAAGUUGGUAGCCAACGGCAUUCAGAACAAGGAAGCAGAGGUCCGCAUCUUUCACUGCUGCCAGUGCACAUCAGUGGAGACUGUCACGGAGCUCACAGAAUUCGCCAAGGCCAUCCCAGGCUUUGCAAACUUGGACUUGAACGAUCAAGUGACUUUGCUAAAAUAUGGAGUGUAUGAGGCCAUAUUUGCAAUGCUGUCCUCUGUGAUGAACAAAGACGGGAUGCUGGUAGCAUAUGGAAAUGGUUUCAUAACUCGUGAAUUCCUAAAAAGCCUCAGAAAACCAUUCUGUGAUAUCAUGGAACCCAAGUUUGAUUUCGCCAUGAAGUUCAAUGCGCUGGAACUGGAUGAUAGUGAUAUUUCCCUCUUUGUGGCUGCUAUCAUUUGCUGUGGAGAUCGCCCCGGCCUUCUAAACGUAGGACAUAUUGAAAAAAUGCAGGAGGGUAUUGUGCAUGUGCUCAGACUCCACUUGCAGAGCAACCAUCCCGAUGAUAUCUUUCUCUUCCCAAAACUUCUUCAAAAAAUGGCGGAUCUCCGGCAGCUUGUCACGGAGCAUGCACAGCUGGUGCAGGUCAUCAAAAAGACGGAGUCUGACGCCGCCCUGCACCCGCUGCUGCAAGAAAUCUACAGGGACAUGUACUGAUUUCUUUUAAAUCAACGAUAACUUUUCAAGGAGUUUUAAAGUCGACAGCACUACAAAGGAGAAAUGGGAGCAGCACGAUUUUGCACAAACAUCCACCACUUUAACCUUAGAGAUUGGAAAGUCUAAGCUCUAGGUAACCGGAAUAUUAUUCCAUGUCUUUCUUGGUUUCGACCAGUACUUCUAAGCGCCUAAGUAGUACUCAAAUGCUGGUGACAGGCGGCUAAUAUCAAGACUUGGAAAAUUAAG